GGUCAGAACCAGGACUCGGAGAUGGACCGGGGUCAGAACCAGGACUCGGAGAUGGACCGGGGUCAGAAGCAGGACUCGGAGAUGGACCGGGGUCAGAACCAGGACUCGGAGAUGGACCGGGGUCAGAAGCAGGAUCAGAACCAGGACUCGUCCAGCAUCAGGACCAGAGCGGGAUCUUCCUCUGCUGGUCUGCAGAAACAUAAAGGCAAAGGGAGACUCACAAGUUAUCGCUGUGAUCACUGCAAGAAAGUCCUCACCACUUCAUCAGGUCUGAGAAAACAUAAGAGGAUUCACACUGGAGAUAAACCGAACCUGCUGAUGCAAGAUCAGUAG